UACAACAGGGCCUAGCCCGUGUUUGUGUCAUAAAAAAAAAUAAAAUAAAAAAAGAGGGAGAGCACUUUGGGCCAAGCCAGACGAGAAGGGGAAAAAAGCCCAGGCACACGCACAGGCGAUACCCAGUCCGCCGAAAAACCAGAAGUCAAGCUAGCCAAACCAGAAGGUCAAGGGCAAGGCACACCAAAACACAGACUGGACCUUCGUUUAUCCUACUCCAUCUCUUUUUUUCCGCCCCAUCCUGCUCAUCCUUCCUUCCCUUUCUCAUCACGCCAUCUCUCCUCUCCUUGCUUUUCGGCAGCCUCUAUCAGCCUCCAGCUCUCUAUCGAACAAUCAGGGCCCUUACUUUACACCUCCACAUAUAAUAUAUACACAUAUACAUUACACUAUAUACCUCAGUCCCAAUGACCUCGCGACACAGCCGCGUGCCUAGCGAUAUGGACCGUGAAUCAUUCGCUGGCAACCCUGGCGGGCUGACACGUGCCGCACCCAUUAUGCCCCUGGGAAUGCCGCCGAUGACCAGAGAGGCUAAGGAGUCAAAGGAGCAGGCCCAAGCCUGGGAUGCGUCGCUCAACAAGAUAUUUCAGACCAUGCAUGGUGAAGACACAGCAAAGUACCUCGCCUACUUCAAGGCCAGACUCGAAAUCGAGGAGACCUACAGUCGCAGUCUCGAGAAGCUGACGACCUCUGCUAAGGGAGGAUCCAAAAGCUCGAGCUCAAACAACAAUAACAAUGGUGGAUCGAAUAACAACAACGGUAGCAACAAUGCUGCUGGUGGUGGAGCAGGCGGUCAGGGCGGAACUGGUAGCAAUUCUCCUGACCCGGAAGAGAUCCCGACAACGCUGUGUAUGGCCUAUGACGCGCUGCUGGACACAACACAGCAACUGUACAUGAGGCGGCGGCCCUUUGUUCGACUACUCAAAACACUGACUGGAGCCCUGGCCAGCUUGAAGGAGGCUCAUGAGAAGCAGCGCAAGAGCCAGAAGGAGACCGUGAGGCCGGUCUUCCAACUCUAUGCAGAAACCAGGCUUUCUACCGUUCCAAAGAUCAAACGGGCUUACGAACAACGAUGCCGCGAAGUCGAACAGGUGCUCGCGAUCGAGGACAGUGAUCACCUUCCUGUGCGUGAACGGCUCAAGAACCUGGCGAGUUCGUCAGGCGCUGCUGGAAGGCUGGUCAAGAACAAGCGUGAUAUGGAGGAGGCUGAUAACGAAUACAAGACGGCUGUGCAAUCACUUGAGGUCUACCGUAUUCAACGCGAACGAUGCUUCGAUUCUGCAUUCCAGACGAUGCAAACUAUGAUCAAGGAGCGAGGAACAAAGUGUCGCCAAUGCCUCGAGGCCUACGUCGUCGGAGAACGAGACCUGAUUGCGGGAGCCAAGGAGGACAUGGAUCGAUUCUCGAUUGUGGUCGACUGCAUCAAACCCGUGGGCGAUAUGGAUCAGAUCAACCUGACGUUUACAAAGGAUAUCAAUUCGCAUCCAAAGCCGGUCCUGUACGAGAACUAUUACCAAAAAUCUGCCUCAGUAGAGAGCAUCUUUGGAAUGAGAUUGCCGGAUUAUGUACGAAGGUACCGGCACCCAAUUCCACUCGUGAUUGUCAAAUGUUCAGAGGCGAUCGAUCGUGCAGGAUUGCGUCGGGAGGGCAUCUACCGCGUCUCUGGACGUCACGCUCAGAUUAUGAACCUCAAGAAGCAGUUCGACCUCAACGAGGAGACUGUUGAUUUGGCAGACCCAGCGUUCAGUGAAGAUUGCGCCUCGAUUGCUGCGGUCCUGAAGAUCUAUCUCCGGGAGCUGCCUGAGCCCUUGUUCCCCUUCCCACUUGGCGAACGAGUCGCAUACUCAGGCAUUCCGGAUAAGAACAUCCGACUCGGGGAACUGAAGGGGCGGUUGAAACGUCUGCCGGAUUGCAAUAUCGACACUCUACAGUUCUUAAUCCAGCAUCUGCGCAGGAUCCACGAACACGUGGAAGAAAACAAGAUGACCCUCGAGAACUUAUCGAUGAUCUUCACGCCAGCGAUCUUCCACGAUUUCAACAGUGCCCUCGUCACUGGACCUCAACCACCCGAGAGAUCGUCGGGCGAGAGCACUAGCAACAACACGUCGACAGCGCUUUCGUUCGCACCACAGACGCAGCCGCAGGCGGGGUCAACGUCGCCAUCGAUGAAUUCUCCGGGCGUGCAGACGGCGCCUUGGUCGAGCUACCCGCUCCCACCAGCAGAUCAAAAGAAUCAGCAGCAACAACCCCAGCAAUUGCAACCGCAACAGGGACAGCAGUAUCAGCAGUAUCAGCAGCAUCAGCAGCAUCAAAACACGUCUCUGGGUCACGGUUAUACCUCGUCACCCUCUUCUCCACGGAUGCCUUCGGAUGCUAACGCCGUCGCUCCAGGAUCGGGAUCGGGAUCUGCUGCGUACAUCCCACCGCCGACCGUGGGGGGCAGCGCAAAUACUUCCGCGCUGGUCCUAGGCUCUUCGAUGGCAUCACCUAGUUUACUCUCCGUCGCUACGACAACUUCAACCUUUGCGCCUCCGACGAACACGGUCUCGGCGGCUGCGAGCUGGAGCAACGACCUGGUUCUCGCGGACUUGAUCCUUAACAGUAACACGAUCUUUGACGUUCUACCCAAGCUCCCCGCGCGGACGAAUUCUAUGAUGAUGGUCGAUGACCGGUACCUUGCGAACAGCAUGGCGAAUGCAUCCAUAUCCCCGUCUCUGCAGACGAGGGGAUUCGAUAACUCUCGAAGGUCAUAUGGCCUGAAUCCAGGGAUCGUCCAACCGUCGUCACCCGUAGAGGGAGGAAGUGGCCAGCUCAGGCCUCGGUUCGAUAGCCUGGGGCCAAAUUCAGCAACCCGCGUGCCCACGACAGCGACGACGAUGACGACGGGCGCGGCAUUUGAUCAGGCUCAGGGACAGGCGCAUCCAUACCAGCUCCCACAGUCACAUCUUCAGCACCAGCAGUUACCAUCGUCGUACGGGUACCAUGAUGGAUGGCAACAGGCUCAAGUAAGGCGGGCGGGUACGCCACCUUCGCCAAGCUCGCUCAAAGGAUUGAAUACGCAUGCGUCGCCGACAAGGUCAAAGUCGAAUAUGGACCUCCAAAACUUGCCUCAGCAAUUCCAGCAGCCUCCACAGCAGCAGCACCGUCAACUAUAACCAUUUUUCAACGAGAGCGCCUAAACGAAUAAAGACGUAAACGCGAUGUGCAAAGUAAUCCAUCAUCAUCACGCUUGUUCUUUUCGUCCUUUAUU